AUUCACAGGUGUCCCUGGUUAUAUAUCGUUGAAUAAACGCGUUCUCGUUUCGUGUGUCGGUAGAAAUGAUAUCGGUUCUGUUGCUGCUCAGGUGCGUCGUCUAUGGGAAUAGUUUCGACGAGUUUCCUCCGGUGUUUGCCAACACAUCGAUGGCCGUGGUCAUCGACAGAAGUUUCUUCGGGAGCAGAGAGGAGCACCGAGACGCCGUAUACCUAAUACGCAAUUUAUUCAGGCAAACGGAAAGCGACAUAGCCGUUCAUGUUUUUUCUUACGCGAACGUCGAUCUGUAUCAAGACUACACGAUUCUCCUCUCUAUCGCGAGUUGCAAUUCGACUUGGCGGCUGCACAGGAUCGCGCGGAAGGAAGAGCUCGUCCACCUCGCCAUAACAGACCUGGAUUGUCCCCGAAUCCCAGAGAAAUACGGUAUGAGCAUACCGUUAAUACAGCCAGGAGAGGAGCUGUCUCAGAUAUUCCUCGACCUAAGAAUGAUGGACGUUCUCUCUUGGACUGCGAUCAACAUCCUCCACGACGAUACGUUCGACAGAGACACGAUCAGCACCGUGAUGAGGGCCAUCUCGGAUAAAUUACCGUACAACCACAUUAACGUGAUCUCCAGAUCGAUAUUCACGUUGAAGCAGAGUAACGGAGAGACGAAGAGUUCGAUAAUGAAAGUGUUGAACGAUUUCCACGUGGAUCAGCUCGGACAUUGUUUCCUGGUGAUCGCUACGGUAGACGUGGUCGCCGAAGUGAUGAGCGUGGCAAGGUCAUUGAAACUGGUCCAUCCAGCGAGCCAAUGGUUGUACGUGAUCACUGAUACUUCAACGCAGAAUAUGAUGAACAUGAGCUUUUUCCUCGAUUUCCUGAGUGAAGGUGGAAACGUGGCCUUCAUGAAUAACGCGACCAACUCUGACAGUCUUUGCAAAGUCGAGCUGAUGUGUUACAUAAAAGAAGUGGUCGAAGUAUUGACGCAGGCUGUCAAGUAUGUCUUCGAAAACGAAUUAGAGCUGUUCGACAAUAGGAGGAAGAGAACUUUCGAGGUGACGAAGGAAGAACGGCGGACUGAGAUCCUGAGGAAUGUCCGGCUAUUCCUUUCACAAGACACGUCCCAUUCCAAAGACGGCUGCAAUCGCUGCCUGCUCUGGAGAUUCACCUCGUCCAUCACUUGGGGAAACUACUUUUCCCAUAACAAAAUGGAUGAGCUGGUGCGCCUGUUGGACAUAGGCACGUGGACGCCUGGCUUAGGGAUUAAUUUGACCGACGUCAUUUUCCCUCACAUCGCACACGGGUUCAGAGGCAUCAGAUUACCAAUCGCUACGUACCACAAUCCACCGUGGCAGAUAAUUUCUGUGAGUAAAACCGGACAGAAAUCGUACGACGGGCUGAUUUUCGACGUGCUCAAUCAUCUCGGGAAGAAAUUAAAUUUCACGUACACUGUAAUUGCGCCUGAUGUGACUACGAGCCAAACUUCGAAGUCCUUGAAUUCUUCUCGCUUCGCAAAGCUCGGCGAGAAAGUUGAGCAAAUGACUAUGUCAGAUACGAGGACCCUGCCACAGGAAGUAAUCGAUUUGGUACGCGAGAAAAAUGUCCUCCUCGCCGCUUGUGCAUACACAGUGAAUGAUCAUGGGAAAAGCGCGAUCAAUUUCACUGUGCCUAUUUUCGUACAGACUUACAGCUUUUUGUCUGCCAAACCUAAACAACUGUCUAGAGCUCUACUAUUCGCGUCGCCGUUUAACAAAGAGACAUGGGCCUGUUUGGCCGCGACGAUUAUCAUAAUGGGCCCGAUCCUGUACCUGAUUCACAAGCACAGCCCGUAUAGUCUGAAGACAUCCGGCCUCAAAUCCUCGUGGCAGUGUGUGUGGUACGUCUACGGGGCGCUUCUUCAACAAGGAGGGAUGUACCUGCCGCAUUCUGACAGCGCACGCAUACUGAUUGGUAUGUGGUGGCUGGUCGUGAUGGUCCUGGUCGCGACGUACUCCGGCAGUCUCGUCGCGUUUCUCACUUUCCCCCGAAUGGACACUCCCAUCCUGACCGUCGAGGAUCUGAUCGCGUGCAAGGACAGACUCGGCUGGAGCUUUCUGAACGGGAGCUUCCUCGAGACGUACCUACGGAACGCCGACGAGCCCAAAUACCAAGUUCUCCUUUCGCUCGCCCAGAGAUACAACAGCACCCAGGAAGAGGAAGUAAUGGAACGCGUGAAACAGGGAAAACACGUGUUGAUCGAUUGGAGAAGUUCCCUCAGAUUUUUAAUGAGGAAAGACUACUUGUUAACCGGAGGAUGCCAUUUCUCGCUGAGCUCGGACGAAUUCCUGGAUGAGCCGAUAGCGAUGAUCGUCCCACAGGAGAGCCCCUAUUUGCCCGUCAUCAACGCGGAGUUGCAUCGGAUGCACGAGUCCGGGUUGAUGAACAAAUGGAUCUCGGAGAGGAUGCCGAUAAAGGACAAGUGCUGGGACGUAGUCGGCAGCAAUCAAGCGGUAAACGAGCGGAAAGUGAACGUGGCUGAUAUGCAAGGAAUAUUUUUCGUAUUGUUCAUGGGUGUCACGAUGUCUUUCUUCCUUCUCUUCUGCGAGUUUUAUUGGCACAGGCGUAGGAUAGCCAAGGAACGCAAACUAAUUCGUCCCUUCGUCUCUUAAAUCCUAUUCUCGCAUGUACGGGUGACACAAACUUCAACGAUUUUCCUUAUAGAAUACGAGUUUGUUCGAUUUUGACGUGUUUGGCAAUCGAAGCUUUUUAAAGUUUGCUCAAUUCGGUGGCGCGACGUCGUCGAUUGUAAACGGGGGUGAUAAAACGAGCGUUCGGUCGUUUACCACUGAUAAUAAUUGGCACCGGAAAGCGGGCGCGAAACGAUUCCCGCCAACAGCGAAACAGCGGGGACGUUUACGCCGCAUUACAAUUACCAUCACGAACCGGCAAUUUGCGGGUAAUAGACGGCACCGGAUAUUGCGUGGAUAUCCACGCAACGUUCCAAGUCGAAAACGUUCGGAUCCUUUCCACGAUCGGGGCAUCGUUUUUUCGUCGUUACCAGCACGAGAGACCGCAGAGUCGUUGUUACUAUGUACCUAGUAUUAAGAGAGUUUGCUUGAUAACAACCGUUAUCCUGUAUCGUGUGACCAAUAAACGUAAUCCUUAGAACAGCACGAAUUUGCUAUGCGACGAUAACGUUGUUCCUGUGCGCGAGUCUUUGUCGUGCCGCAAUUAGAAACUCGGAGACAGGCGUUACUGCCGCGAAGACAGGUUCCUUCAUUGUCUAAUUAAGUUGUUAAUUCCUCUGAAAGAGCUGCCGUCUAACAAGGUUUAUUGCGUUGUGAACAUUGAGCAAGACUUCUUAUGACGCGUAUGAUUCAGGUGCCACCUUGUUACGCUAAGGCUGGAAGUUGCCACAAUUCUUGUUACUUUAUUACGAUCACACUCGAAGAAGAAUGGUACGCGUUGCAUGUGUGCGAACACGGGAGUGAAGAAAGGUUCUGCUCUCUGUUACAUCUCCGAUAAGUGAAAUCUCUGAAUGAAACUUAUUUUCUCAAUUUCCAUCAGUGCACAUUAUUUAAUUAAGGAUUUUCUCUAAGUUUCAAUCGACAAUU